AUGAGUCUUUUUAAGUUGGUGCUCAAUGCACCGGGACAAAAACUUAAUACUGAUAAACGUGUACAAAUAUAUCAAACAAAACCUAUUAUUAAAGUUGAAGAUGAUGAACAACAAGAAGAAACUGAAGAAGAUGAACACGACGAUGAAGUCGAUGAUACUUCUAACGAUGAUUCAAUCGAUGCAAUAGAACCGAACUUUGUUCCGCGUAGAUCAAAUAGUGUACGAAUGAUAUCAAUGAAUUUAAAAAGUCAUUUAUUAAUCGGAUUUAUAUUAUGUUUUUAUUCAUUCGAACUUUGUUGCUUAUAA